UUGACGUAUUUUGAUGUUAAGUGUUGUGCUAGUGUUUUCUGCUGCUAUUUUAAGGCACAAGAAUUCUUUCGAAACAACAGGGGUUAGGGUUGAUAUAUAGGUAUCCACCGAAAAAGGAAUUGCGCAUUAUAAGUGCUAUAAUGAAUUUUAAUUCCAUGUUCAAAAUGGUGUAUUGACCUCAAGGUCGAUAUUUGAAUUGAAGCAUCAUGAAUAGGGUGAAAAAAGAAGAAUGUAAUCAAGGUGAUUUAUCUUCAUCUGGUUUGAGAUUACCUCUGAAAAGCGAACGGGCAACUAAAGAAAUUGAAAUUAUACCACCAAAUGAAACGGGAGAAAAUACGCGAGAGAAAUCGACGACGUCUCGCGAACCUAACGUAAUUGUCGAAAUACCUAUAAGAAAAGAAACUCGAGUACGUUACAAAAGAAACUCAACCAAGGGAUCUAAAGGUUCGAUACAAGAAGAAAUAAGAAUUUAUGACAACCCGUUUACAUCUUAUUAUCCGGCAGAUGGACAAGAAGGUGACAACUUGAGAUGUUUUAGAGAAAAGCGAGGCGUUUCGUUUUACGUAAAAGAUGCUUUCUGUCCGAUUAGACGAACGUGCACGACAGCCAUCUGUUGCAUUUCUGCUAUGAUUCUAAUCCUUUUCAUAUCGUUAAUUUUCAAUACAUCGCAAAUUCAUACGUCGAAAAAAAACGGACCAAGAAUAUGUCUUACUCAAGAAUGCGUAAAAACAGCUGCAUUUUUACUCACUGGAAUGGAUCAAAGUGUAGACCCUUGCGACGAUUUUUUCGAAUACGCUUGUGGAAUGUGGAAUAAGAUACAUGUGAUACCCGAAGACAGAAGUAGUAUAACAACGUUCGAAGUAUUGGCUGAUCAAUUGCAACAUGUAUUGAGAAGAUUGCUCGAAGAACCGAUAAAUAAUAGAGACAAUUCGGCGACCAGGAAAGCGAAAAUGGUGUACAAGUCGUGCAUUAAUACAUCCGAAAUUAAAUUGAAUGGCGAGAAACGAAUGAAAGAAUUAGUGAACUCGUUCGGCGGUUGGCCGGUUGCUGAUAAGAGAUGGACGAGUCGAGCAAACUUUUCUAUGGAGGAAUUGUUGGGACAAUUGAAAAAAGAGUUGAAUGAGGGUAUCCUGUUUGAAGUUUGGGUUGGUCCUGAUGAUAAAAAUUCUUCGCUUCAUGUGAUACAAAUGGAUCAACUUCAACUUGGUCUCCCAGGAAGAGAUUACUUCUUGAAAAACACCAGCGAUGGCACCUUAACUGCAUAUUAUAAUUAUAUGGUCACUGUAGCAACUUUAUACGGAGCUGAUCAACAAGAUGCUGUGAAAGAAAUGAAAGAUGUCUUGGAUUUUGAAAUACGUCUAGCUAGUAUUUCACGACCGGCAACUGUUGAUCGUCGUAUAUUUUUCCAGAUUACAGUUCCGGAAACUGAUCGCCAAGAUACUAGCGAAAUAUACACCAAAUUAACGUUAUCCGAGUUGAAGACCAAAGUACCUGAAAUUAACUGGAGUCAAUAUUUUUAUCAAAUUUUGUUCACUAUGUUGAAAGAUGACGAACCGAUUGUUUUUUAUUCUUUACCGUAUUACAUAAAAUUGAACAAAGUUCUGGCGACUACAAAUCACAGAGUAGUUCAAAAUUAUGCGAUUUGGAGAUUACUCAUGAAUAAUAUCCUUCCACAUAUGACAAAUGGUUAUCAACAGGCGUGUCUAGCUUUUAAAAAAGUAUUACUCGGGAUAUCAAGUGAAAGAAAUCGAUGGAGUCAAUGUGUAGAAUGGACAAAUAAAAGACUAGGCAUGGCAGUAGGAGCUCUUUUCAUACAAGAAAACUUUAAUCCCGAUAGUAAAGAAUCAGCUGUGGAAAUGAUUCGCAAUAUUCGCGAAGCGUUUAACGAAUUAUUGGAUGAAAACGAAUGGAUGGAUGAAGAGACGAAAAAGUUAGCUCGAGAGAAAGCAGAAGCAAUGAAUGAGAGAAUCGGUUAUCCAGAGAUUCUUACUCAAUUUGAAGAAUUAGAUGUUGAGUAUCAAAAAUUAAAUGUGACUCAUCAGCAUUUUUUUCGAAAUAUGUUUAACGUUUUGCAAUUUGAAUGUUCUCGUAAUAUGGAUAAACUUCGUAAACCAGUAGAUAGAGAUAAAUGGACCACUGAACCAGCUGUUGUGAAUGCGUUUUACAGCCCAAACAAAAAUGACAUAGUUUUUCCUGCUGGUAUUUUACAACCUUUCUUUUACAGCAAAUAUUUUCCAAAAUCUGUAAAUUACGGUGGCAUUGGCGUUGUUAUUGGACAUGAAAUGACGCACGGUUUCGAUGACCGAGGUCGAUUAUUCGACAAAAGUGGCAAUAUGAAAGAAUGGUGGAACAAUGCUACGAUACAAGCAUUCAAGAAGCAAAUCCAAUGCAUCAUAAAUCAAUAUUCGGAUUACAAAAUUGAUGAGAUCAAUUUGUAUUUAAAUGGACAUUUAACGGUGGGUGAAAACAUAGCAGAUAAUGGAGGCUUGAAACAAUCAUUCAGAGCUUACCAAAAAUACGUAGAACGAUUUGGAGACGAGCCAUUACUUCCUGGUUUGAAUCUAACUCACGAGCAAUUAUUCUUUUUGAAUUACGGACAAAUCUGGUGCGGAUCUAUGAGACCCGAAGAAGCAUUGGCUAAACUAAGAUCUUCUUCUCAUUCUCCUGGUAAAUUCAGAGUAAUUGGUCCUUUAUCCAAUUCGCAUGAUUUUGCAAAAGCAUUCGAUUGUCCUCCAAAUACUAGAAUGAAUCCUACAAAGAAAUGUGUGGUAUGGUAAAAGACAAUCCAAGUAAUCAGUAAUAUAGGUAUUGUAGGAGUAUAUCCGUAUUUUGUAAAAAUUGGUGUAUUUUGGUUUAUUCCUUUGAUUAUACGUACUUAUAUGUGUUUCUUUUCCUGUUAUAUACUUAUGUAAUUGUUCCUAUACUAUUAGACUAUAUACGUGUUUA